ACACUACACGUGUCUGUGUAGCCUUUAGGUUGUGUUAGGGAGUAACUAGUUACAUGUAAUUAAAUUACAAAAUGAAUGUAAUCAGCUACAGUUGCUGAGAAGAUACGUGAUUAAACUACAGUUAGGAAUCAAAAUGAUGAUUACAAAGUUUAUAUACGAAUACAUGUAAAAAGUUUAUGUUAUAUGUAACUUGUGCAACUUUUAAUACCUUCUUUUCAUUGCCCUUUAUUGCCCAGUUUAAAAUACUUGUUAUAUAAGUAAUCAAACAGGAAUCAUGUAAUGAGUUACAUAAUUUGAUUAAGUCAUUAAAACAGUUACAUUAUACAUUUUUACAGGGUAAGCAGUCUGUAACCUCCGCUUCCCAACACUGUUGAUAGUUAGAUAAUAUUUAUAUAAUAUGCCAAUUUUUCGACUCUAAACUCAUUAAUGGCGCAGAUAUUUUUACGAGAAAUGAUGCAUACCUAAUGUCCUUAAAGUGAAUUUCCUCAUAAUAACCACCAAUCGGACGCAGCCUAAUGAUUUAAUAGCCCACAUCUUUUAAUCCUAUCAGUAAACUCCAUUUACAGAUGCUCAAGGACAAUGUUUCUGUGCCCUCUGUUCCUAAGAGACGCAGAGCAGGUUUGUUUAUUCCCCUAUCUCAUCAGAUGAGUCCGCCCGUGUGCUCACUUCACCGUGAUGUGAUGACAAUCAUUGGCAUUAUGAGUCGUGCAGGUCCAAAGCAGGUACGUGUGCGAUACUGUUUACACUCAGCUCAAGUGUCGCACUCUCUACGGAGUAAAAAGUUAAUGAACCGAGAUCAACAUCGCACAGAUGUCCUACAAGAUUUCCAAAAGUAGCGGUUGUAAUUCAGUCAAGUAUUCAAAGCCAUGUGCCUGCUGCUUUUACCUCCUCUGGGCGCUCUCCCGGGUAGUCCCGCCUCCAGCGCGUAAAGCAGCCGACGCGCUUUUACGCACCGCAUUCAGUUGGAGCAGUUUGGAGCUCAGGAGGAUUCCGCUGACAGAAAUGGGUUAUCCGCUUCACAUGGGGUUGUCCUCUCCGAAAUGAUGCCUAGGGACGGCUGUGAUUCUGUAGAGGACUUGCAAACCACACUUGGAACGAUGCUGGACCUCAACGUCUCCAAGCCAUGGCGCGAAGGCAAUGUCACCAAAAAUUCCAGUUGUGGAUCUGUAUCAGUUGGUUUCCCCAUCACAAUGAUGAUCACUGGCAUGGUGGGCAACUCGCUAGCUCUGAUUCUGGUCUAUAUCUCUUACAAAAAGAAGGAAAACAAAAGGAAAAAGUCUUUCUUGCUUUGCAUCGGAUCGCUGGCGCUAACCGACCUGUUUGGACAGCUUUUGACGAGUCCAAUAGUGAUAUCAGUUUACAGAGCUGGCCUGAAAUGGGAGCGUAUCGACUCAUCGGGGAAACUGUGCGCUUUUUUCGGUGUGUGCAUGACAACUUUUGGCCUUUGCUCUCUCUUCUUGGCCAGCGCCAUGGCAAUUGAAAGGGCCACGGCGAUAACGAAUCCCCACUGGUACUCCAAUCACAUGAAGACAAGUGUGACCAAGCAGACUCUGGCUGUCAUAUGGUGUCUGGUGUUGCUCUUUGCGCUGCUGCCUAUCGCAGGGGUCGGAGAGUACACACGCCAGUGGCCCGGCACUUGGUGCUUUAUCAGCACGGGGGACAGGGAAGUCCCGGGCAAUAUGUUUUUCGCCAUCACUUUCGCUGUGCUUGGGAUUUUCUCUCUGCUUGUAACACUUUCCUGCAAUGUGGUGACGAUCCGGGGCUUAAUUAUCCGCUGUAAAACAAAGUCUGGCACGUCUCAGUCUUCAAAACAGUGGGAACGGCUCACCACGGAGACGGUCAUUCAGCUGUUAGGGAUUAUGUGCGUCCUGCUUAUAUGCUGGUCUCCUCUGCUGGUGCUGAUGCUGAGGAUGAUCUCCAACCAGGUGUCCUCCCACGAGUGCAACUCAACAGUCAUCGCCUCCAAUCACACCACUAACCGGGACAUCCAGCUGGACUGUAACUUUUUCCUGACAGCGAUCCGCUUGGCCUCCCUCAACCAGAUCCUGGACCCAUGGGUGUAUUUGCUCCUCAGGGAGAUCCUCUUCCGCAAGUUCUGCAUCAUGGCUAACGCAGUGUCAAACUGCUCCAUAGACGAGCAGAAGGAGACCCAGACGGCGUUGGAUGCUCUUAACAAGCAGAACCAAGAGACCAACAACAUCCACAAACCGCAGUGCCGCUAAAUCAAGCAGGAGUUUCUGUGUUGUGGCUUUCGGGCCGGGACAGAUCGGAUGGAUGUAAAAACGGAUACACCUUCUUCUUGAAUGUGUCGUGAGGAGAAAAAUGGGGAUUAAUCGUUGCUCCGUUUCCUCGACAAAAGGAUACUGUGCAGUGGGAGGCAAGAGUGGUCUCCUCUGCAGUUCUACUGACAACCAGCCAAGUCUGCUCCGGGUGCAUUUGUUUUGCUUAAAACACAUUCCAUUCAAAGUCACCUAACCAGCAUGUGGAUGCAUGACUGUGUCACCUCUUGGCUGCCAGGAACUCCCUCAUUUCUACCUUCCAGGUUUGAUAACAUCUCCCAGGCCCAGGAACUGAAUAUGGGUGACUCUAAACGGACUUACAUGGAAGUGAUGUAUCUCGUGCUCCUUUUAGUUUCUGAACUGAGUCACUGUUUUCAACAACUUGAAGCCAUAAGCCAGCUGAAGGACAAAUGGCUCUUGUGAAUGUCUGUAAAUCAAGAGAGAAACUGUAAAUUUAUUGUACAUAGCGUUGCCAUAUCUUACAUUGAAUGUAACUAAAGUGGUUGUUUAGAAGAAAAAUGCAAAUCCUAAACUGGAGCCAAGUGUUGACUGUAAAAUUAUUUAUUAGUGUCUGUAGUAAUAUGAAGUUCCUGUGCUGAAUGCCGAUGCUGCUAGCUGCUGCUGGGUAUCAGUUGUUGUAAAUUUAAUUGUGUGUAUUGUUCCUCGGCUAGCAGCCAGGACUGUGAAAUGUGAAGCUUUUAGUUUGUUGCCACUUUCCCUCCUAAAUAUGAACACACUGGUUUAUUAUUGUGCAAUUAUUUUCUCAGCAAUCGUCUUUCCAGAGAAUCUUGAAGGCCUCUUACUAACAAAGUGUGAGAGGGAGAGAGCGGCGUGGUGUUCAACGUUAUGAGAUUAUUGAUGACAGGGUGGCCUGAUACUGUAGUUACGGCGCUGUCAAAGUGUCACUGAGCAAUCUCUGCCCAUUUCAUCUGAUUAAAGGUACUCUCGCUCGCUAAGUAUACACUGUAUAAUGGCAAGUGUACUUCAUUUCACCAGCCAGAUCUUUGUGGGGAAGGCAAACUGUGCAGCCUUUUGUCCGGUUACAUCAUUAUAAGUAGAGAGAGGGGUGCUCUUUGGACGCAGGGCUGACAAGCAGAAAAAUAAUGGAACGGGGGAAGUCGUGUCCAAGCUGUCCGAAACACACAUCACGAUAUCUGAAAGAUCAAAAAGCUUUUUUGGCAAGCUUGAAGCUGCUCGUUCGACUGACACACACGGGCAAGAUUUCAUCAGUGUGAAGGUCAAGAGUGUUGAGCAGCAGCACUGAUACACCAGUACACGGGGCUGUUUCGUUUUAAAUACAUAUUUUAGCUGCUCAUAUUCAUGCUUUUGAUUUCUUUAGACAUGCUGAAUGUGUCGUUCAGUAUUCAGUCCCUUUUAUUUUCAUCAGCAGCAUUGAUGCUGUAAAUGCUCAUUUCCUUUUAACGUGUACAGUGAAAUUUCCCAGAGGUCUCAGAUGAAAACAAGGUACUUUUCAAUGGUGGUUUGCUUUUAGUGCCAGAUGACUGAAUGCUAUUAAGCGAGAAAGUGCUGUCAACAGGCAGUCUCCUUUUACAGUGAUGUAAAUAUGAUCUUUUAUGUUUUUUUGUAGCUACAUUGUCAUGUGUAACAUUGUAAAUGUAUUCGAAGAGGUCCGGCAUCUUGGUCAAAGAAAUCUCAAGGAUGGACACAUUUGCUGUCACGGCAACCUUCAAUUUAUGGGACAAUUCCUCACACCAACACAAUUCUGCCUUCUCAGCACGUCAGCCAACAAGAUUAGACGUAUCUAUACUCUGCUUUGCCCGGUCUUGCCUUUGAAAUGUGUGAACACACAUGAGCUCAGUGAUAAUGACAGUAUGGGAAACUGUCGUCUGCAAAAGCCAUGUAAGAGACGAACAUUUUCUUCUUCGUAUUGAUUCAGAAGCCAGUCUGUCUUAGGUUAACCUUGGCUGGUGAGCGAAAACAAGAAUGGAAAAGGAAAUGUGCUCAUAAUGGCAUUAUUCAUGAUUAUUCCGGAGCCUAUUGCCAGAUAUGAAUAUGCAGUAAACCCUAACGUGUUCCUCAACAAGUAAUCAGUUUCAUUAAUGUUUCAUUAAUGUGACAUAAGCAGCGCUCGUUAUGAUGAAUGCUCAACUAAUUGAACUUGUGGCUCUGCAUUAGGAGCUGUUAUCCCAGCAUAUGUUUGCACUGUGCAGCAGUUAUUAUGUUCUUCAGCAGAAACAUCUAGGGUUUAAUCCAUGCAUCUAAAACAAUGAUUACAUGUACUCGCCAGUUGAAGCGGGGUAUGGAGAGGUUUACGAUGGGCUCAAUCAGCGUCCACUUCAACCUGCGUCAUGUCAUUAUCUCAGUUUGCUGUCCAGGAGACUUUGAAGCUUCCUGAUCUUCAGCUAAUAAAAAUAAUUACGCAAAGGAAUAUCCCCUUAAAGCUAACUGGCUCCACAGUCCCCACAGUGGAAAGGAAAAUGGCAGACAAUUUGUUUAUUUGGAAAUAGGAAACAUGACACAUUUCCAGCCUCUUUAAUGGACCCAGUAAAGGCACAGUGUUUUUACAGGGAGGGCUCUCUGUGGUUCUGCAGUACAGUUUACUCUUAUGAAAUAUGAAUGUUCAUUAGACUCAGGGGAGACACACGGUGAUACGGAAUAUCUGCAAACUCCAGUUUAUCGAUCCGCAAGGUGUGAUCUUAAAAGGUGAUGAUAGAAGAUGGCUUCAUUAAGAGGCGUGUCAGGAUUUAAUGUGUCCUCUGCUACAAAUCUCACACUGUCCAUACUGUUUCGGUUUGCUCACGUGCUUCGUUGGUGUUCAUCUGUGUAGCUACAGCUCUGGAGGGAGUACACAAUUACAUAAUGAUUUGAAAAAGGCUUUAUGAGGGACGGGAGAAUCUGGUGUUACCAGCUGGCUCCAUUUCUCUCAUUCAAGCCACUAAUGCAUGGAAGUGAUUUACUGAUUGCCUCAUGAGCUGAGGAGACACUUGAUGACUUGAGAUUUCAAGACAAGAGGAGAUUCUGAUAUAAAACGUUUGAUCAUUUGAUUGCAUUCUACAAAAUUUCGAAUAGUUCUCCACGCUGCAAUAACACAUUGUUCCAAAUGAUCAUUUCAUAUAGAUGUUGAAUAAGUCUUUUAACUUAAUUGGAAAUCCUGCAGUCCAACGUUUCAGUAGCCAGUAUACUUUAUGACCUUAUGGGAAAAAUAUUAUGCCAUAAUAAAAAUCUUUACUGUCUUUGUAACGUAUAACACCAACGUUGCCCUCUAUCAAGUUAAAACAGACAAGCAUCUUCCUCUAAACUCCUUGCGUUGGAUAUAAUCACUCAUAGAAUUGAGUGAAAUGAGGAUAUCAGCAGUUUUCCCCAGUGUGCAGGUGUCCUCAGUUCACUGAUAAAGUACAUGAUGAUCCUUUUGCAGCCAUUUGGAUCUGUCACCAAGUGAAGCAUCAGUAAGAUAAAGCUGUAGUCAUAUGCUUUGUCUGAUAUCCAUCAAAGACACCAACAAAGCCAAAUUUUAGGUCUAGUUAUUGUUAACAGUGAGAGAACCAACCUGGCAGGUACAUCAAGCAAAGUGAGCACAUGAUGGUGUCGCAUAUGGAAACAGGUUUGGCCCACCAGCCAAGGCUCCGCCAAUGAAUGUAGAUAAGUACCAGAUGUCUGAUCAGAUCAGACGUUCGUCGUCUUAUCUCGUCUUCAUGUUACGCCUCUGCUUUUGAAUGUUUAACAAGAACUCUUCAAACCAAAAUGUCUCUGAACUCUGAGACACGAUUCUCAGAUGAGGGCUAUCCACAUGCUUUCUGCUGUUCCUCUGCCAGCGCUUUUGUUCCUCCCACGCUGCGUUCAGGUGAGGAACGCUGUAAUUUUGCAACCUUUUGUAUUUUCCUUGAGAUAUUUUGACGUAUCUGUCAUAGAUAGGCCCACGUAACAUGUUGCUGAGAAAAGAAGAGAAUUAUCUACCUACCUAUCAAAGUGUCCUUUCGGUACUUUAUAUCUUUGUCCUCUACUUGACGUGUUUCAGUUCAACAUGCACUUUUGAUUCAUUUUUGUCUCAGUGUUCUCGUCUUGUGGUGUAACUUUGUGAUUCCAUUAAAGGAUGUGAAC